AUGGAAGAGAACAACAACGCGAGCGGAUUAUUUGCCGAGAACAACGCCGGGAGCGACUCAGACUCCAAUUCCGUCGAAGAUCCGCAGGACUAUUACGAGCCGAUCUCAGCCGUUGAUCUAGACGGCGGAGAGGACGACGAGGAAGACAAUUGUCAUCCAAUCAGUGGAGAUGGCUUCAGCAACGGCCUCUCUAACGGCCAUUGUAUGAUCCCGGAAGCAGCAGACGGAGAAGGAAUCUCUUCUAUCACCUUAAACGGACACGCAGAGCCGAAGAGUGAGGGGGAAGAAGAUACAGAAACAGAGACGCCGGAAUCGGAGAUCCGCACAGCGUUUGAGGAGGACGAACGGCGUAGAAGAUCGCCGUUAGUGGUGGAGAAUGCGGCUAGGGUUAUGGAGGCAAUGCGCGCAAUCCCGUUCCCUGGAACAGCUCCUGAUUGGGCCUCCGAUGUUAAUGAGGAUCGUUGGGUUGAUCAGCUUCGAAGAUUGAGAUCCACUUCUCAAACUCAAUAG